CCGCUGGGAGUCGCCGACCUCGCCCGCAACAAGUGGCAAAAAAGACGAUAUCGCUCGCCCCAGCGCCCCCGCCGCACCACGUCCAAGGUAUUCACGAGGGAGGUAAAUCACGAUAGAGAAGUUAGUGCGCAGUGGGAAGAGUUGCACAAGUACCAGGAAACUCACGCCCUGACUAUCCCGUCGUUCGAACUCACGCUCUCAAGUGGCAAGUUUCUACGCACUAACCGCUCCAGAUAAUCCCGUGGGGCAACCUCGCCCGCAACAAGGUACUAUAGCAGAUCGAUAGCACGAAGUGAGCAUUUUGUGCGCUGUUUCCGCUUCUUGUAGGUAGUAGUGGCGGCCGCGAUCGCUGGUACCAUCGGGCAGCUCUCCAAGCCGCUGGCCUCGGCGAUUUCUGGGAAGGGCAUCGACCUCCGGACGGCAGUCCGGUCGGGAGGCAUGCCGUCUGCUCAUUCCGCUGCUGUUACUGCUGCGGCUACUUUGCUUGGCCUAGAUAGGGGAUUCUCAGAUUCGGUUUUCGGCAUGUCUGUGGUAUUUGCUGCUCUAUUUAUGUAUGAUGCUCAGGGUGCCCGGAGAGAGGUAGGCAUUCAUGCCAAAAUCCUCAACAAGAUCCAAAAUUCCCAAGCAGAGCCAACAUCUCAAAACCGGGAAGAAGAUGACUGCCAAAGCAAAAGACUAAGAAGUUCCUCCAUGAAUUGUGAACAGAAUUCUCCUGUCGUCUCCAUUUCUUCUGACAAGGAAGACUCAUACUUAUUCCAAAGACCUGCUGCAAUCGCAUCUAGUGAGGUGAAGAUUUCAGAUUGCACAAAAGUGGAUAACACCAAAUAACCAAUUCACAUGGAACAGUACAACCACAGUGAAUUGAAUGAAUCAGUUGGCCAUACAGAGAUUCAAGUUAUAGUUGGUGCCUUAUUAGGUUUAGUUGUGGGUGUAGCCACAGAACUUACUUUGUGAUACUCAUACAGAAGAAGAAUCAUCAGAUUUUUUCCUUUUUAUUUUGACAAUUUAAUUUUAUAUUGAUAUAAAUGAUUUAUUAGGGGAUUCAAGUAAAAGGUUGGUUGUUAUUGGUGUAUGUAAAUGAUAUAAUCUCUUUAUAAUACAAUUUAUUAAUACAA